CCGCCUCGCCCCGUCUGCGGGCGAGAAGCAGGCCGGGACCCGGAUGGAACCCUGGCCGGGCGGGAACAGGGUGGCCGCUGGGUUGGUGUCCCCGCGCACCUCAAGGGUCAGCCGUGAGGCAACGCCGCGUAGCCUGGUUCCGGCGCUCUGGGCCCCUGGGCGAGUGGGAGAGGGGAACUGGCGCCUGUAAGAAGCUCGAGCAUCCCCGGCCUGCGCUUCGGGCUCGGAGAAGGGCGGAGACCCCCGCCAGUCUUCCCGCUACGGCCCUAGCGCCCUGGCCUGCUCCAAACUCCGCUCUUCUUAACAGCACGGUCAGGUCCGCUCAGUUAAGAGCAGCGUGUUCUUUGCAUGCAUUCUCAUAGUCAAACCUCCCACAGCCCUGUAAGGUAGGUACUGUUAUCCGCAUUUGAGGAACUGAAAGGUCCCAGCCUCUUGUCAAGGCAAGAUCCCAGGCGUCUGACUCCAGGGCGGCUGCCCCAUUACCACAUCCCUUCCCUCGGCUGUUGAUUAGACUUCUGGCUCUUGAUUUUAACUGUAAAAUGCCGUGGUUUUAUCCUCUGCUUCCCCAAACACCGCGCCUACCCUGAGCUCGCCUAGGCGGUGGCGGUGGCGGUGGCGAAAUGCUGUUGUUAUUCCUAAAUACCACAGAGGAGCAAGUGAAAAUUGUGAGGUUCUAAGACACAGGAAAGCUUCCUGGGCGGGAUCAAUCUCAGGACCUUGCACUUGCCAGGCAGGCACAGCACCACUGACGUAACUGAGAGGAAAAUUCUGUGGCAUCUCUGGACUACUUCCUGAGAAUUUUUUGUGUGCCAUGUCAAAGAAACGCAAAUGGGAUGAUGACUAUGUUCGUUACUGGUUCACCUGUACAACAGAGCUUGAUGGAACUCAACGCCCACAGUGUGUAUUGUGUAACUCAGUAUUUUCAAAUGCUGACCUCAGGCCAUCGAAACUGUCAGACCAUUUUAACAGACAGCAUGGUGGUAUAGCUGGGCAUGACCUCAAUAGCCAUAUGCCAGCACCAUCUGAUCAGAGUGAAACUUUGAAAAGAGUUGGAGUUACAUCUCAUGAAGAUGCCUUAUUACAAGCAUCGUAUCAGUUUGCAUAUUUGUGUGCCAAGGAGAAGAAUCCUCAUACAAUAGCUGAAAAAUUAGUGAAACCCUGUGCACUAGAAAUAGCACAAAUAGUUUUGGGACCAGAUGCACAAAAGAAGCUUGAACAGGUCCCUUUGUCAGAUGAUGUGAUCCAUUCCAGAAUUGAUGAAAUGAGCCAGGAUAUCUUACACCAAGUGCUAGAAGAUAUCAAAGCCAGUCCUCUUAAGGUGGGUAUUCAGCUUGCAGAGACAACAGACAUGGAUGACUGCAGUCAGCUAAUGGCAUUUGUUCGAUAUAUAAAAGAAAAAGAGAUUGUAGAGGAAUUCCUAUUCUGUGAACCACUUCAGUUAACCUUGAAAGGAGUGGAUGUGUUCAAUCUCUUCAGAGACUUCUUUUUGAGGCACAAGAUAGCACUUGAUGUAUGUGGCUCUGUUUGUACUGAUGGUGCCUCCUUGAUGCUGGGAGAGAAUUCAGAAUUUGUUGCCUAUGUGAAAAAAGAGGUGCCUCAUAUCAUGAUCACACAUUGUCUGUUGAAUCCUCAUGCACUUGUCAUAAAGACAUUGCCUGUAAAACUGAGGGAUGCGUUGUUUACUGUGGUGAGGGUAAUAAAUUUCAUCAAAGGGAGAGCGCCAAAUCAUCGCCUAUUUCAGGCUUUCUUUGAAGAAAUCGGUAUAGAAUAUAAUGUCCUCCUUUUCCAUACAGAAAUGAGGUGGCUUUCCCGAGGCCAAAUACUUACCCAUAUCUUUGAAAUGUAUGAAGAAAUAAAUCAGUUUCUUCACCACCAAAGCAGUAAUUUAAUUGAUGGUUUUGAAAAUAAAGAGUUUAAAAUUCACCUAGCAUACCUUGCAGAUUUAUUCAAACACUUAAAUGAACUUAGUGCGUCUAUGCAGAGGACUGGGAUGAACACAGUAUCAGCUAGAGAAAAGUUAUCUGCUUUUGUUAGGAAGUUUCCAUUUUGGCAAAAACGAAUUGAGAAAAGAAAUUUUACCAAUUUUCCUUUUCUUGAAGAAAUAAUUGUCUCAGAUAAUGAAGGAAUAUGCAUUGCAGCUGAAAUAACACUGCAUCUGCAACAGUUGAGCAACUUCUUCCAUGGAUAUUUUUCUGUUGGAGAUCUUGAUGAGGCAAGUAAAUGGAUCCUGGAUCCAUUUCUUUUUAACCUCGAUUUUGUCGAUGAUGGUUAUUUAAUGAAAAAUGAUCUUGCCGAAUUACGAGCUAGUGGCCAAAUCCUGAUGGAAUUUGAAACAAUGAAGCUUGAGGAUUUUUGGUGUGCUCAAUUCACAAUGUUUCCAAACCUGGCAAAGAUAGCUCUAGAAAUCCUUAUGCCAUUUGCAACUACGUACCUUUGUGAGCUGGGAUUCUCAUCACUUUUACAUUUCAAAGCAAAGUCCAGAAGCUGCCUUAAUAGGAGUGAUGACAUCCGUGUGGCCAUUUCCAAAAAAGUUCCUCGUUUCUCAGACAUCAUUGAGCAAAAGCUACAGCAGAAGUCACUGUGAGCUAAUACACACUUUCAAUGUAUAACUUUUUAGUAUAUUCUUAAUGCCAUUGUAAAAUUUAGCUGAAUUCUGUUUCCUUUUCUUUUGUACUUAUGGUGUACUGAAUUCUGUGUUGUAAAAAUUUUGCUACUUUAAAUUUUAAUGAGGCAUGUGAAAAUGUUUUAAGAAUAAGCAGACAAAGUACCACUGUGUAGUAAACAUAUAGGAUUUUUCGAAUUCUGAUUUUCCAUGUAACCUAUUGAUGCAAUACAUAAAAAAGACACCUAAGGGGCCGGGGAUUUAGCUCAAUGGUUUCACCGCCUGCUGCACAAGCGCAAGGACCCGAGUUCAAUUCCUGGUACCAAAAAAAGAAAAAGAAAAUAAAAAAAAAAAGACACCUAAGCAUAGAAUAUCAAGCUAAAUGGUACAGUAGGCUAGGAAUUGAGCCAAGAAAAAAAGAAAAGACCUCCCAGGAGUCAAACGACAAAAUGCACCCUUUCAGGCCUUAUCUUCUUUUUUGUGGUAGUAGAGAUUGAGCCAGGGAGCUUGGGCAUUUGAGGAAAGUACACCACCACUCAUCCCCACCCCUGUUUGAAGACAGGGUCUCACUAAGUUACUGGCCAGGCUGGCCUGGAACUUGAAAUUCUCCUGCCUCACCUUUUCAAGUAGAUAGGAUUACAGGCAUACACUGCCAUCCUUGGCCAAAGGACAGUUUUAAGGAAAUGGCUAACAAGGUUUUUAUUUUAUUUUCAAAUUCUGCAACAGUUUAUUUUCCCCUGAUAAAGAAGUAUAUUGUUUGCUAAAUUGAGAAGAAAUUCAUUUUUUUAUUUUAAAACACUCUCACAAUAAUGCAUAUAUUGGCACAUACAAGUCCUUUUUGCCAAGGAAUAGAUUUUUUUUUAAUGUCUUUUACUGUAUAAUUAAGGUCAUUGAUAAAUGCCCAAAAGGAUAUCAGGCAGUAUAGAGAUGUAAUCUCUAUGACCAGCAGAUGUCACUCUGCAGGUUUGGUUGAAAGCAAACUUGCAUCACAGAUCUCAUUAAAUAUCUUAUUUUAAACGUGUCUACAAAAAGGUAUUAGUGACUCAGAAAUGUCCAUUCUGAACCUCCUCCAGCUCAAAAUUGGAAGACAAGGGCUGGGGAUUUAGCUCAGUGGUUCCGCCAUCUGCCUCACAAGCGCGAGGUCCCAAGUUCGAUCCUGGUACCAAAAAAGAAAGCAUUGUGCUUCAAAAUUGGAAGACAAACUGGUGGAGCCAGUAAGCUCUCUAAGAAAUCACUGGGGAGGCUGAGGCAAGAGGAUCACCAUGAGUUCAAGGUGAGCCUGGGCUACAUAGUGAGUUCAAGUCCAGCCUGAACUCCUAGUAAGACCUUGUCUCAAAAAGCAAAAAAAUCACAAACACUGAGAAAGAAGAUACAAAUGGCUUUAUCUAUAAAAACCGACUUGAGCAUUUUUAUUUUUGACAUUUUGGCUGCUUUUCUAAGCCACCAAAAGCUGCUUGAAGUGUCUGAAUAGAUCAGCAUUUCAGACAUAACCCAAUAGGAAUCAAAACCAAA